AACGUGCUGGCCAAGGCGCUGUACGACAACGUGUCCGAGUCCCCGGAUGAGCUCUCCUUCCGCAAGGGUGACAUCAUGACAGUGCUGGAGCGCAACACGCAGGGCCUGGAUGGCUGGUGGCUCUGCUCGCUGCAUGGGCGCCAGGGCAUUGUGCCCGGCAACCGCCUGAAGAUCUUGGUGGGCAUGUAUGACAAGAAGCAGCAGGCAGGGCCUGGCCAAGGGCAGCCACCCUCCCACCAGCACCCGCUGCACCCCACCGCCCGGCCGCCAGGGGACAGCAUCUACCUGAUCCCAGCCCCAAGCAAGGGGCAGCCGGGCCUCUACCCGGGCUCUGCGCCAGGAGCGCCCUUCCCCUCACCUCCGGCCAAGCAGCCGCUGACGUAUCCAAAGCAGCCACCGCCCCACGCCUGCCAGGACAUCUACCAGGUGCCUCCGUCGCUGAGCCACGCCCCGGACAUCUCCACCAGCCCCCCGCAGGAGAUCUACCAGGUGCCCCCAGCUGCGGGGCUGGGCCAGGACAUCUACCAGGUGCCGCCGUCCUUGGACAUGAGGAGCUGGGAAGGGCUGAAGCCCCAGGGAAAG